GGGCACUGUGCAUUAUUGGAAAACUGUGCGAAAAGCUGUCUUCAAAAUAAGACUGCUGAGCCGUUUGGAUGCAUAUUUCGUGAUCGGUGUCUGAAAUACUGUUUGGAUCGGCGAAGCUGUCCGCAAUGCCGUGAUAUUGUAAAACGUGUCUUUACCGGUUACUGCUAUCGGAAUAAUUUCAUCGAACGUUACGGAAGCAAAUGUCGCCCAUUGUUUGAGACUAUUGCUCGUAAUUAUAUUAAAUGA